AUGACACAAUUCGAGCUAAGAUAUAAGCCCCACCCUUUCUCUGACAGCAUUAAAAGCCCUGGAGUGACGUACCUUCUUAUGCACCAUGCCACAGGCUACAAAGGAAAUAGAAUGGCUUCUCUGGAUAUGAUGAACAAAAACAAGAUCGACAGAGAAACAAUGGAGAGAAAAUCUGACAGCGUAAUACCUAUUCUAGAAGAUGACAACCCACAUUCUUUGGGUUUCUGUGGCUGGAUUUUAAUCAUCAUCUCUAUCAUUUUCAUCAUAAUAUUGUUUCCUGUCUCCAUAUUCAUGUGCAUCAAGCUCGUCCAGGAGUAUGAGAGAGCUGUGAUCUUUCGUUUGGGUCGCAUCAGUGACAAGAAACCAAAAGGGCCAGGAAUGUUUUUUAUCCUGCCAUGUAUUGAUACUUUUACGAAGGUGGACUUGAGAUCUAAGACAUUUGCAAUUCCACCUCAAGAGAUUCUGACAAAGGAUUCAGUGACGGUGUCUGUAGACGGUGUGGUUUACUUCCGGGUCAAUGACCCCAUCUUGUCUGUAGCUAAUGUGAAAAAUCCUGAUGAGGCAACUUUCCUGCUGGCCCAGACCACACUGAGGAACGUCCUGGGCACGAGAAACCUGUCAGAAGUGCUAUCAGAUAGAGAGGGCAUCUCCCAAAGCAUGCAGAUUGCCCUAGAUGAGGCCACACAUCCAUGGGGUAUCAGGGUGGAGCGAGUGGGGGUUAAAGACGUUAAACUCCCUCUUCAGCUCCAGAGAGCCAUGGCAGCUGAGGCUGAAGCCUCCAGAGAGGCUCGCGCCAAGGUGAUUGCAGCAGAAGGAGAGAUGAAUGCAUCCCGGGCCUUAAAGGAGGCUUCUCUGGUGAUUGCUGAGUCACCUUCAGCUCUACAGCUCCGCUACCUCCAAACACUCAACACCAUUUCAGCUGAGAGGAACUCCACCAUUAUCUUCCCCCUGCCCAUUGACUUCUUGCAGCACUUUAUAUCCCAUAACUGAUGCUAAAUUCUAAGGCUGCAGUAACAGUUUGUACAUGUCUUAUCAUUGUUUACAUUCAGUCAUUCCUGAAUAUCAAAGCUCAACUUUCUCUUACGUAGUCCUUUCUUCAUAGCCUUUAAAAUGGCAUUAUCAUAUUAAAAGGAAACAAAAAAGAGAAAUGAAAUGUGUGUGUGUGUGUGUGUGUGUGUGUGUGUGUGUGUGUGUGUGUUAAUAUAAAUGUUUAUAUAUGGAUGCAUUAAAUGAAUGUAACAUGACAAGAUUUUGCAUAAUUAAAUUAUAUCAUGACUCA